GUCAGAAUGGCUGCGACUGUGAUCCCGGAGCCCGCGAGCCACUGCUGCUGGGACGAGCCUGUGAGCAUCGUGGUGCGAGGCCUGGCCCCGGCACAGCAGGUCACACUGCGCGCGUCUCUGCAGGACGAGAAGGGCGCGCUCUUCCGGGCCCACGCGCGUUACUGCGCGGACGGCGGCGGCGAGCUGGACCUGGAGCGCGCACCCUCGCUGGGCGGCAGCUUUGUGGGGCUUGAGCCCAUGGGCCUCUUUUGGGCCCUGGAGCCCGAGAAGCCGUUGCUGCGGCUGGUGAAGAGAGACGUGCAGACGCCCUUCUUGUUGGAGCUGGAGGUGCUCGAGGGCCACGAGUCAGAGCCACAGCAGAUCCUGGGCCGCACCGUGCUCCAGCGCGCCUUCAUGAGGCCUGGGGUGCGGAGGGAGCCGGUGCGCGCGGGUCGGGUGCGCGCCACGCUCUUCUUGCCUCCAGAACCUGGGCCCUUUCCUGGCAUUGUGGACAUUUCUGGAGCUGGAGGCGGCCUUCUGGAGUACCGAGCUAGUCUGCUCGCUGGCAAGGGCUUUGCGGUGAUGGCACUGGCUUAUUAUAACUAUGAAGACCUCCCCAAGGGCAUGGAAACUCUCCACCUAGAGUACUUUGAAGAGGCUGUGAACUACCUGCUCAAGCACCCUGAGGUAAAGGGCCCAGGACUUGGACUACUUGGAAAUUCUAAAGGGGGCGAACUCUGCAUCUCUAUGGCCUCAUUCCUGAAGGGCAUCACAGCCACCACUACAAUCAAUGGCUCUGUGGUCAAUGUUGGGGGAACCUUACACUACAAGGGUGAGACCCUGCCCCCGUUGGGCAUUAACCAAAAUCGAGUUAAGGUGACCAAAGAUGGCCUUGUAGACAUUGUGGAUGCCCUCAACAGCCCUUUGGAAGGACCUGGCCAGAAGAGCUUCAUUCCUGUGGAACGGGCUGAGUGCACCUUCCUGUUCCUUGUGGGUCUGGAUGAUCACAACUGGAAGAGUGAGUUCUAUGCUAAUGAGGCCUCUAAACGCUUACAGGCCCAUGGGAAGGAAAAGCCCCAGAUCAUCUGUUACCCUGAGACUGGCCACUAUAUCGAGCCUCCUUACUUCCCCAUGUGCCGGGCUUCCCUGCACACCAUGGUGGGCCAUCCUGUCAUCUGGGGAGGGGAGCCCAGGGCUCAUGCCAUGGCCCAAGUGGAUGCUUGGAAGCAACUCCAGACUUUCUUCCAUAAACACUUGGAUGGUGAAAAGGAGCCAAUCCCAGCAAAACUAUAA